AUGAGCAUUAAGACAUUCGUAUUCGAUGGGUACAAAAAAGAAAGUAAAAUCAUAUUAGAACUCAUGAAGUUCUUCGGGAUCAACCAAUCCGUCGAUGUCUCGUUAAAUUAUUUCGACGACAUUGAUACCAUUUCUCAAUGUGUUAUUGACGAAUACAAUCUUUAUGUUAAAUUAAGUGAUAUAAGACUCAAUGCGUCUCUUAUGCCUGACUCUCACAAUUCCUCUGGCAUUCAUGCGUACUAUUAUUUCGCAUUUAUUUUCGAUGACUUGAUGGUUUUCAAGGGAAUAGACUACAUUGAUGUUAUCAAAGGUCUGGAAGGUAGAGAGAAUAACUUACCACCUCUAGUAUCUGAGAUGCUGUCCAUUUUCAUGAAUCACUGGAAAAAAGAUUUUAAAGAUAAAUAUAUUUUAUUACGAACUGAAAUGAUUACAUGGGUGACAUCAGUGAAUCAGCAGUUACAAGUAUCAUUUAAUCAGAACGAAUACUUCAUCUUUAAGCUCAAAUGUCACGCAUCCUACCUAACCCUCGUCCUAAUGUUUCUAGUAAGAGAUGUCAACUGCACUUAUCUGGAAUACCGAACAUUGCAAACUACAUUCGAGGUGUUCAUGUUUUAUAUUAAUGAACUCGCUUCGUGUAUUCGUGAGAAAGAUUCUGGAGAACUUUCAUCGGUAGAUAAGCUGUUUAAAUCAAAUGAUUUCUCCAGAAUCUCUGAGUACUGCACCAAACAGCUCUAUAAAACGUUUAGAGAGUUUGAGGGCAAAUGCAAUCUUAUG